ACUAACAGAAGAGAGCUGCAUGUUGUCGGCUAAAAACAAGAGUAAUUAGUAUUUCUCUCAUAGACUGUAUAUAAAUGGAUUUCUCUGCAGCCCAAUACGGCGUUUUUGUUCUGUUGAAGUACGCAAAGGGAAUAACGUCAUUUUAAAAAUAUAUCGUGUGAAAUAUCGCUAAUUGCUAACGAACUUAAGCUCGAAAAGUUAACUAACAAGCUAAUGUUAUUUCCACAUGGGUUGCCCUAAAGUUGAGCCCACUGCUACCUAACACACUGAAAAACAUCUCAUGGAAACACGUUUUAUCGAAAAAAAAAAUGGGUAAAACUACGACUGAAGAAUCUGGAUGGACCAAGGCAAACCUCCAGAAGCUUCUCGCUGUAAUGAAAAGCAGCAUCCCAGAAAAUGACAGGAAUUGCGUGUAUACCAAAGGAUUGAAAACUAUUGACUGGGGUGAGGUGGCUUUCCCCCCUUUCUCUCCUGAAGAAUGCAAAGAAAAGUGGAAAGAUAUUUUGCAGAAGAUGCGCAAGAUACGGACCCUCACAGAGCUCAUCGUUGAAGCUGAAGAUGUAAUAUCCGAUCCUGGACAGAACAUUAAGAUCCACCCAGAGCUCCCAAAGAGACCCAGACCUCCAAACGCCCUCUUUUUUGAGGAGAACUAUGCCAAGUAUCAGAAGAAGCACCCAGAGAUGAACCAACCUGUACUGUUCAAGCACAUGAACAAGAAGUUUAGGGAACUCUCGGAUGAAAAGAAGGAUAAAUAUGUGAAGAUGUUCGAGCUUGCAAAGGAGGAAUACUCUGAAAAGAUGGAGGAGUUCAGUAAAAAGUAUAAAACAACAGCUCAUCAUGAGCCCAGGAAGAGAAAGAGGCUUUCUGCAGACACUCCAGAUGGUGAACCGCUUACUAAAUAUGGAGAGGGCAUGCCUCCCAAGCCUCCUGUGAAUGGCUGUAAUCUGUUCUACAAAGAGACAAGAGAGUGCGGCAACGACGUGACCCAACGUUGGCACGAUUUGACUGAGGAACAGAGGGAAGAGUACAGCGCGCGCUGCAAAGAGAUGAACCUACAGUACUCCAUCAAGCUGAAUGAACAUUUGGAGAAUUCUGAUGAGGAGGAGCAGCAGCUGACCCGCAAAGAGGACGGCAUCAAAACACAGAAAGAACCAAGGAAAUAUCCUGGUGAGCCCAAGAUGCCAUCUCGCUCUGGUUAUACUAUUUUCUUUUCAAAACAUAUGCAACUUCUGAAAGAGGAAUUCCCCAUAGCAAAGGAACGCUUCGCCAAGGUCAACCAAAUGUGGCGGGCCCUCUCCUGUAAAAAGAAGGAGAGCUACAGAGAGGAAGUGGAGAAAAAUGUAAGAAAAUACUCGAUGGAGCUGCAGGAGUGGUUUCAGACAUUGACGGCAGCAGAGCAGGAAGAUUAUUGGAUAUGUAACAGCAGUAAAUUGAAAUACCUCGAUGUCAAUAAAAUGAAACGGCAUCAGAAAGAAGUCCCAAGUGUUGCUGUGUACAGACCGUCAGAUUCAGAAGAUGAAGACAUUGAGGACAGCAGCAGUGAGGAAGAGGAUCAUACAAUUAAUAUCGAGGACGAGGAGGAAGAAGAUGACGACAAUGAUGUCAUCAUGUUUGAGAUGUGUUAGGUGAUGAUGAGAUGGACGGGAGCAGCACACACUUGUGUCAAAGUGCCUGAGGACUCCUGCUGCCAGUUUUUCAACAUUGUGUGGAAAUGAUGAAGAAGAAUAUAGAAGACAGACAUUUUUAUAGUUGACUGUAAAGUCCAGCCCUAAAUGCAGUGUUGGUUGACCAAUGAGUUGGUCUUUGUAGAAGUCUUCUGCUUUACAAAUGUUGUAAAACAUGUAUAACAUUGUAUAUAUUUCAUGUCAAUAUCCUUGGAUUACCAAGUGUUUUUGUUUGAAUUGUGUUGAUAAAUGUAAAAAAAUGACUCUGUCAAGCUUUGUGGGAUUUUUUUGUUUUUGUUUUUUUCAAAUUGGCCUCAUAUGUUGUUUUUUGUCAAUCACAGAGAGAUAAGAUAUUUCUAGUAAACAUGUUACAUUAGGAUUAUUCAUCUUCAAUUGUCUGAUGCAGUAAAGUUCAAACAACAAAGCACAAACAAGAACAUGGUUAAAGGGGGUGUCUCAAUAUACCAGUACUGAUGUUUUUAGUGUUUUUAUAAGUUUGUAAAAAUGCAAAAUCUUGAUGAUUAAAGUUUCAUGGUUAGGAA